CAUUGCGGCAUUGCAAUUCACAAUACCGGGGCUCCUCCCGUGACUACUACAUAGCAACAUCCCUAGCCCGAUUUCAAUAAUCACAAAGCUGAUACCAUGCACUCUUGAUGCAAGCGUCUGCCCUGCUACUAGGUUUAGGUCAAAUACACACCGGGAGAUGGAAAUUUCAAAGGGAAUCACACUUAUUACUGGAGAAAGAAAGGCCAUUCCUCUCCUUCCCCGAUGCGGCUGCAGACGAAGAUCCGAGUUGCUGCUGCUGCAAGGAUGAAGAACCAUACCCUCAAGAAUGCCCAAUCCACAGUGAUUACAGAAACUUUCGAACGACGGAGGAAGUUCGACCAGGAGAGACGUCCAUGCACGUCUCUCAUUAUUUCUGCUUUUUACAAACGCGAUAUCGAUGCGAGGUAUCGCCGAUAUCAAUUGUUAUCAAUUUACGUUGUCGUGAUGUUAUUCUCUUUUCCGGCUUAUGGAUAUUGUAUAAGACACGCUCCAUAAAUUGUUUUAAGAAAUCAUGCAAGUGGCGACACUCUUGUAGCGGAGUGCAUGAGAAGAUCGCCUCUCAACCGCAUUUCACCUCGAACACGAGGAAACGCCUUCCAGUACUCUUCCUCAUGAUCUAGACUUUGAGCUUAUGGGAAGCACCUGCGUCGCAACUCAACCGAACAUCUGAAUCUAACCAGCUCGCGCCAUAAGUUGGUUCAGAGCCACUCUCUUCCGAUGGGUGCCUCAAGGUGAUUUGUGUAUGACACUCAAGCUCAAGCUCGGAAGUGGCAUAGUCAGCAUCGUGGAGAAAUUAUGGCCUAGCGGUUUCGUUCUCCGUCCGGUCAAAAAUAUCUUGUUCAACUUAUUCACUACCUUAGCAAACCCGUCCUCGUCUCUCGAAUAAUCAGUUGUUAGCUUCUCGAAAGCAGUGGG